GAAGACUGGAUCCUGUGCGGCGGCGCUUCCCCUCCCCUGGUCCCCGCGCGCUCCGAGGGCCCGUCUUGGUGCUGCGGGGGCCCCGGGAGGUUGAAAACCAAGCAUGGGGAAGAGCUGCAAGGUGGUCGUGUGUGGCCAGGCGUCUGUGGGCAAAACUUCAAUCCUGGAGCAGCUUCUGUAUGGGAACCACGUGGUGGGUUCAGAGAUGAUCGAGACGCAGGAAGACAUCUACGUGGGCUCCAUUGAGACAGACCGAGGGGUGCGAGAGCAGGUGCGUUUCUACGACACCCGAGGGCUCCGAGAUGGGGCCGAACUGCCCCGACACUGCUUCUCUUGCACUGAUGGCUACGUCCUGGUCUACAGCACAGAUAGCAGAGAGUCUUUUCAGCGUGUGGAGCUGCUCAAGAAGGAGACUGACAAAUCCAAGGACAAGAAGGAGGUGUGUGGCAUAGGCUUCUGGUGGGAGCCUCAGUGAUCAGAGAGUUUGGGCAGUGGGCUGGUUUGGGAAGCCUGGCAUGGCUCCAUUCUUCACUCCAAGGUGAGUUAGGAGCUAGAAGUGGGGUGGCUGCAUGUUGAGUCUGCUCAACCAAAGAGGCCUCUUUGUGGCUUAAGGGGUCCCUGACCUGACUUAAUGUAUGAAGCCCCCACUAGUUGUUCUUCUGAUAGUUCUGUGCUUUUAGCUAUGAAAGCCCUUCUUUUUUUUUUU